AGCAGUGAAUGGUGAGCGAUAAUCCGACACCAGCGCCGGCAGAACGGAGCUGCUCUGGAUCUGGAUGCAGGCAUCCACGGGACCAGCAGGACAUGAGUGGAUCCGUGACUUGUGCUCGGCUGUCGGACCGGGGGCUGCGGUCUCUGUGAGGAGGUGUUGACUUGCAUUGUUCUGGUCCCAGACACCAGGGCAUCGCUUCGCUGAGAAGAUGUUGAGCCGAUUCAAGAGUGGCAGCAUCAGGAAUUUAGAGCGGGAAUAUAGCUGCACCGUGAGGCUGCUGGACGACACGGAAUACACAUGCACCAUUCAGCGCGACGCCAAGGGCCAGUACCUGUUCGACCUCAUCUGCCACCACCUCAACCUGCUGGAGAAAGACUAUUUCGGCAUCAGAUUUGUGGACCCGGAUAAACAGAGGCACUGGCUGGAGUUCCCGAAAUCUAUCGCUAAGCAAAUGAAAGCUCAGCCUCCGUUCACCAUGUGUCUGAGGGUCAAGUUCUACCCUCCAGAUCCUGCUGCCCUCAAAGAAGAAAUCACUCGGUAUCUUGUCUUCCUGCAAAUCAAACGAGACCUCUAUCACGGGCGACUCCUCUGUAAAACCUCGGACGCGGCUAUGCUAGCGGCCUACAUCCUUCAAGCUGAAAUCGGGGACUACGACCCGGGGAAGCAUCCUGAAGGCUACAGCUCCAAGUUCCAGUUUUUCCCCAAACAUUCCGAGAAGCUGGAGCGAAGGAUUGCGGACAUACACAAAGCCGAGCUGAUCGGACAAACACCUGAAACCGCGGAGAGAAACUUCCUGCAGAAGGCGCAGAUGCUGGAGACAUAUGGUGUUGAUCCUCAUCCGUGCAAGGACGUGUCCGGCAACCCUGCCUUCCUGGCCUUCACGCCGUUCGGCUUCGUGGUCCUCCAGGGAAACAAGAGGGUGCAUUUCCUCAAAUGGAACGAAGUGACCAAGCUCAAGUUCGAGGGGAAGACCUUCCACAUUUAUGCAAAUCAGAGAGAGGACAAGAAGAUCAUCUUGACGUAUUUCGCGCCGACGCCGGAAGCCUGCAAGCACCUGUGGAAGUGCGGCGUGGAGAACCAGGCCUUCUAUAAACUCGAAAAGUCCAGUCAGGUCCGCACCGUGUCCAGCAGCAACCUGUUCUUCAAGGGCAGCCGCUUCAGAUACAGCGGGCGAGUGGCCAAGGAGGUGAUGGAGCAAAGUGCCAAAAUCAAACGUGAGCCACCAGAAAUCCACAGAUCUGGUUUAGUUCCCAGCAGGAGCUGUCCGUCCAUCACUCACGGGCCUCGCCUCAGCAGUGUGCCGCGCACACGCCGGAGAGCUGUGCACAUUUCUAUCAUGGAGGGGUUGGAGUCGUUGCGUGACAGCGCCCACUCCACACCGGUUCGCUCAGUAUCUCACAGCGAAUCCUUCAUCCCGCGCUCCCGGAGCCAGGCCACGGACGCCAGCGAGGGUACGGCGGUAAUCUCCGAUGAGUCCUACAGCCCUUCCGACAGUGUCCUUCCCACCCCGGUGGCAGAGCACAGCAUGGAGCUGGCCGCCUCACGUCAAAUCAACGGGGCCCCCUGCAGCAUCGAGGAGGAGAAGGAGUCCGAACCAGGGACCCCGUCACAUGAGAGGGGGGAUAGCGGGGCAGAUGCGUGGUCCACACAGGACGACGCAUCGGGCGACUCUGCCCUCAGUGAUGUGGAACAGGUGAAUAAGUUUGUCUUAAGUGUCCUGCGUUUGCUCCUCGUGACCAUCGGACUCCUCUUUGUUUUGCUCCUCCUCCUCAUCAUCCUCACCGAGUCAGACCUCGACAUUACAUUUUUACGUGACAUCCGCCAGACCCCGGAGUUCCAGCAGUUCCAUCACGAAUACUUUUGUCCCCUCAGGCGGUGGUUUGCCUGCAAGCUCCGCUGGGUGGGAGAGUUGCUCAUUAACAAGUGAGGACUCGUAGGGUUACCCAAAACCCUUUCGGGGGUCUGAGGCGACUGUUAGGACUCUGCAGAGAUGGAGGUCAACCCCGUCCCAAUCCUGAUCCCGGCCCUCAGCUUGGACCAGCCCUGGUAAUCCUGACCCAGGAACUUCUUAUGUCCUUCACUUUGCGUUAAGUUCCCGCCCACAUCACCUCCACCCUUUUUUCUUUCUCCCCCCUUUUUUCUUUCAAAACCCAGGACACUUUUAACAAAACCACCACCCAUUACAGGUCUUGUUUUUUCUACAAGUUUUUCUUACUUUGCCUGAAGAGUGUUGCCUUUGUUUAUUUAUUAAAUUUCUAUGGAAGCAGGGUUCUACUUAACAUUUUCACAGCCUUCAUCAAGUCUCAAGUGGUUAUGAAUCAGGUUGUCAAGGCAUCGGUGAGGUAUCUAAAAGUGAGACUUUGGUCACAAGUCUUGUGUUACGAGCUUCAACAGCCACUGAAGCCCUUGAACCAGUGUUACCAAUGACAUGUACUGAUGUUCACCAUGUCAAAGUCGACUUUAUGUAGAAGAUUUCAAAGACAAGAGUUUUUUUUUUCCUUAUGACAAAAUGGUAAAUUGAGUCAAACCUAUUUUUGGUUUAUAAAAAUAAUCCAAAAAUAUGAUCAUUUUUAUAAUAGAAAAAUAAAAAUUAUUUGAGGUGCAAAUGGGGUGCAAAAUGCAAAACUACAAAUCAACAAUUUUCCGGGAACAUUUAUACGGCCUCACUUUUUAGCGGGAAGACGCUGAUGCGAAUGCUACGUGUCAACAGGCGAGUUUAUCACCAGCAUUCAGAUUCUUAGCUGCUUUUGUAAUUUGUGGAACCACAAGCGGACGAACGGUUUCUGAAGAAGGUUGGAGAAGGAUUUUGGUCGGAGCUGAUGGUGACGUGAAGGAAGACGGUGAAAGUAAGAUAUUUGGAAUCAAAUCUGCUCCGUUCCUGAAGGCUCACGGAAAAACAACCAAGCGCCUUUUUUUAUUUUACGACGGCAGAUUUGGUGAAAUGUAUCUGGUGCAAGUUAAAGAGGCUUAUUUCAUAAAGGACUCAUGAAUGAGUAGUUCAGUAGAUAGACAUGUAAAGAAGUAAAUCAUCAUCACCAUCUUAUGCUGUGUAUUUCCCCCAUUCAGUUUUCCCUCCAUAUAUUUUAUCAUGACAUUGAAAUUCAAUGAAUUUCAAUUAUUUCCUUCUACAGAGAUUUAUUUUGAUUUUAAAUCAACGUCAUGUAUAAUAGCAUAUUAGAAUAAUAGUGUACUUUUGUACAUAGUAGUGGGUUUCCUAAUAUAUUGACAGGUGUUCAUGUAUAUUUUAACAGAACUGAGAUGUUAUUUUAUUAUCGAAGAUUAAAUUAUACUUUUUUUAGCGCCGUGUCGAGUCAAAAAGUAUUGGACUUAUCGUCUCAACUGAUCACACUUUUUUUUUUAAGCGUAUUUGUACGGUGGAUUUUGUCAAACAUACAAAUACCAAAUAAUAAAUGUCGCUUUGACAGUGUGAGAGUUUGGAGAUGCUGGUCUUUUGAAAUCGUUUCUGCAGCGACCUUUUUCGAUCUCUAUUCUGUAAUGAUGAGUUAUUAAAAAUGCGCUUCGUAUAAAUGCAUUUAGUCGGUGUAUUUAUGCCAAAUAGACGUCAUUGAAAUUACAUUUUUUAAGAGGAAGAAGUAGCAUGGAAAACACAAGAUAAUCGAUGCAAAUGACUUCAGCAAUUCUCCAAACUCAACGUCAACCUUUGAAGCUGUCGAUUUAUGGGUGAAAAUCUGUGGUGUUUUUCUUUUCUGUCUCCGGCUCAAAAAAAAAAAAAAAAAAAAAAUAGUGUCCACGCUGCUACAUUUGCCUGAGGGGAAAAAUGGACGUAACAUUGCCAUCAUGACGGGAAUAAAGGAUGAUUGCUUGUUGGUUUUGAGACAGAGAUCAUACAUUAGCUUGACCUGACUGUGGCAUUAACAGUUGUGCUAACCUGAUAUGAAGUGCAAAAAAUGAAGUGGGGUUCAAGGUGAAUCUCAAAAUGCUUCC